UGCCAUUUUUCCCAACGUCGCACGGUGGACAAAUGCAUCAUGAUGGACUCUGGGAAAUAUCUCAUCUGUUUUCUCUGCUUAACUUGCGUUAUAUCGCCUUUAUACGCUGCCCUCCUUGGUGAAGAUUGCACUGGCGAUUCGGAUUGCUCCACCGUGCCAAAGUCAAUCUGCGGCAACAACAAGAAAUGCGAGUGUAUUCCUGGUUUUAUUGAUAACGUGAAAGGAGGAAUAAAAAAUGAAUGCUUCAAAAUCGCUGAUAAACUGGGAGAUUCGUGCAAAUCAAACGCGCAGUGCCCUUUCGAGAAUGCUGUGUGUCCAGAUGGCGCCAAUCGGGUGUGCAAAUGCUCCACAAAUUUUGUGGAGAAUACCGCAAAGGACAAAUGUCUUCAGAGUGCCAGUUUCAUCAACGGCGCCUGUGAAGUGUUAAACCAGUGUGCUGGUCUCAUUGGUUCGACUUGCACUUCAGGCAGAUGCCAAUGUCCUGCUACGCAUAUUCUAAAGACUGACUUUUCUGGCUGCGUACCGGAGGUCAAAGAUUUUGUUACUGAAUGCGUACAAGUCAACCAAUGCACGGCGGCAAAUAUGUAUUGUGACAUUCCCAGUAAAAGGUGCACAUGCAGCGGUAAACAUGUACCGGUGGGAAGCUCAUGCAUGAAAGUCGCUGAUAAACUGGGAGAUUCGUGCUCAUCAAACACGCAGUGCCCUUUCGAGAAUGCUGUGUGUUCAGAUGGCGCAACCCGGGUGUGCAAAUGCUCCACCAAUUUUGUGUUGAAUGUCGCAAAGGACAAAUGUCUUCCAACUGUCGCACACAAUGGAAAAUGUACCGAGAAAGCGCAAUGCACAACCACAGGAGAAGCAGAUUGCGUUGAAGGGAUUUGCAGUUGCAAUAAAGAUUUCGUUUUUGCUGCAAAUAACAAUUGCCUAGCAAAACGCAGCUUGGGUGAAAUUUGUACCGACGAUGCUCAAUGUCAGUUGUCCGAAAAAUCAGAUCGGGCCUUCUGCCCUUCCUACAAAAAGUGUAAUUGUAAACCACCAUUCACUGCUGUUAUUUGGGGAAAUUACUGUAACUCUGGAGUGCAAAAUGCUGUAUCCACUGCAAUCCUGGCCAUUGCUUUGCUAUUUGUGAAAUUAGUGUGAAACCGAAGCAGGAAAGCAAAGAAGAAUAUAUUUUGUAAAAUUAAUUUUCUCAUUAAAACAAACUAUUUUAUGUCAUAUAAUUAAGAAUCAUAACCAAUAAUUCAACUCGAUAAUCAACAACAGUGUCAACAAUGCCUCUUUGAUUUAAAAAACAAAAUUGUAGACAAAACACGGAGGGGGAAUUAAAUUUCUUUUUUAAAAAAAAUACAUAAACAUUGAUUAUCUAAAGCAAUUAUGAUUUCUGUGAAAAAAUUAUACAAUUUAGUGUAAGCUCAAAAGCUGUUUUAUCGUCUCCAUCUAAAAUAAUUUUUGGUGUUAUAAUUAUGCAAAUUACAAGUCCAUCGUAUUCCCUUCGCCCUUAAGCAAGGAUCUUUUUUGGCUAAUCUCAUAUUGAA